AAGAAAACUCCUUCAAAAAAAACUAUAAUACAACUAUACUCUCUCUCGCGCGCGUGAUCAGACCCAGUCACUCUCCUCUCUCCGUCUCUGAAACGCGACGGCCACCGGCGAACCUUUCUCCCUCUCUGUAACGUGCCGGCGAUCGCAAAACAAAUCUGAGUGAGCUCUAACGAUGGCUCCUGUUGCUGCUCGAUCUGGUGAUGCGAUAUUUGCUAACAUCGAACGCGUUAAUGCGGAGUUGUUUACUCUGACGUAUGGGGCAAUUGUGCGACAAUUGCUUACAGAUCUUGAAGAGGUUGAGGAAGUCAACAAGCAGCUAGAUCAAAUGGGUUAUAAUAUUGGCAUCCGUUUGAUUGAUGAGUUUCUGGCUAAAUCUAAUGUCUCAAGAUGUGUUGAUUUCAGAGAGACAGCUGAUGUUAUUGCAAAGGUUGGUUUUAAAAUGUUCCUCGGUGUUACCGCAUCCGUGACCAAUUGGGAUGCUGAAGGGACUACUUGUAGUAUUGUUUUGGAGGAUAAUCCUUUGGUCGACUUUGUUGAGCUUCCGGAUAACUAUCAAGGUCUGUACUACUGCAAUAUAUUAAGUGGAGUCAUUAGAGGAGCCUUGGAUAUGGUGUCAAUGAAGGCAGAGGUCACAUGGCUACGUGAUGCGCUUCGAGGUGAUGAUGUGUUUGAGUUGCAAGUAAAACUUCUCAAGCAAGUUCCAGAAGAGUAUCCGUAUAAGGAUGAUGAGUAAUAUGUUUUGUAAUGUUGUACUUCAUAAUUUCCUAAGUGUUAGAUUAUUAUAUUUCUGCCUUAGCUUUGACAGUGGACUUGGAUCUAUCCUUAUUUCUAAGAGUCCUAUAAAUUCUUGAAACUGUUCUUGUUCUCUUCACCAUCCUUGUUAUUAUGGGCAUGAGGCAUGCAUUUCACACCUAUAGAAUAUAUUAUAUGAUUAGCCAACACAUUUCG